GAAAUAACUAUGAAAAUUUUAUGAAUAAUAUAAUAGUAUUAUUUAACUUUUAUUUAUGUUAUUGACAAGUUUUAUGUAUGAACUAAUAAUUGAUUUGAUGAAAAUGUUAUCAUUAGUUAAAACAUCGAUUGAAUUUUACAUAAUGAGAAUUACAGCUAAAAUUUAUUUUAAUUUAUUAAGUAAAAUUUAAUUAUAAUUAAAAAUUUUCAAAUAUAAAAAUACUCAAAAAUAUGGAAUUUCAUAUUAAGCUGUAUUACAGUCUAUAAUGUAUAAGGAAUAUGGUUCUAUUAAACGUCAAAGAUUACCUCACAGUAAUAUUAUACGUUCAUUGAUUAAUCGGGAAACAAAUGGUAUGAAAUCACGAAUCAGGUUUAAAAAAUCCUUUUACCAAACUGUGUUUCCAAAUUGUACAGUUAUAAAUGUAGAAAAACCACCAUGCUAUUUACGAAAAUUUACUCCUGACGGUCGACAUUUCAUAGCUUUUUCACAUGAUCAACUUUCUAUUGAAGUCUAUGAAUAUAAGGGAUGUUCUGAAGCUGUUACUCUAUUGAAAAACUAUAAAGGCAAUUGUAUUGGUCAGAAUAAAGAAGGUGAAGCAGUUAGAAUGAAAAUUUUUGAUCGACUAUUUAAAUUAAAACACAGGAUAAGAGUUUCCCCAGGUGGAGAACAGCUAAAUAGGGAAUGUAGUUUAUUUACGGAUGAUGGAUCUUAUGUGUUAGUUGGAUCUGCUGCUAUUAUUCCUGAUGAUAUUCGCCCCCAAUUUUAUGAAAUUUAUACUAAUAAUGAAGCAGUGAGUCCUAAUCCUCUUUUCCCAUUAGAAGAUUAUACAUUACACCUAGUUGAUAUUGGAUUAGGGCGAUUGUGUGAUUCAAUACACUUUAAAGCUGAUAAAAUAUUUCUAUCACAUAAUCAAGGUAUUUAUCUAUAUAAAGAUACAUUAGCUGUACUUUCAGUUCAACAUCAAACUAUCAAUAUGUAUAAAAUAAUUGAUAUGCAAUUUUAUUUGUUGAGAAGUAUUGGACGAUUUUGUUAUGAAGAUGAUCAUUUACUUGUAACAUCUGUUUAUACAAUUAUGAAUAGAGCUUUGUAUAGGCCUUUUAAAGAAAAUUGCAUUAAUGGACUUAAACAUAAAUUGAUGAUAUUUUUAUUUAAAAAAGCUCAAAAUGAUUCAACAAGGACUAAAUCACAGUAUCCUUUGAGAAAAUUUUACCAGUAUUUUAAUCAGUUUUUAUCUUUACGGAUGUGGAAAAUACAAUUGUUAAAUGAAAACCAUAUUCUAAUUCGAUAUGCUUCAGAAGAAGUAGCUACAAUAAAAAUUCAAGAACCAAAUACUCAAGCAUCAUUUUUUAUGAUUUAUAAUGUUGUUUCAACUAAGGUAAUCAAUGUUUUUGAAAAUACGUCUGAUGAAUUGCUUAAAAUAUAUGAGAAUUAUUGUGAUUAUUUCCGUAAUUCAAAAGUUAAUUCAGAAGGGUUUAUACCUUGUUCGCCAUCUAAUAACAUUUAUUCAUGGGAAUCUCAUCAAAAAUUUAAAAGUACAAUAAUUAAUGCUAAAUUUGGAGGAACAACAGAAGCUAAUAAACGAAUAUUAGGUCAAUUACCUAUUGGUGCACAAUCUUUUACUAGUUCACCUUAUUUGGAUUCAUCACUUUUCAGUUAUGAUGAAAAGUGGGUGUCACCAAUGGAGAGACCUAAGGUUGUUGGUGAAUAUCCUAUAAGAUUCUACUCAAGAGAAUCAGGUCUAUUAAACUUUUGCUUAUUUACUAGUGAAGCAAAAGGUCCAACAAUCAUUGAUAGAAGACGUUUAGUAGCUUUUACAUUUCAUCCAACAGAUCCUUUUGCUAUAAGUGUACAAAGAGAUAACUAUGACUAUGUUGUUAAUUUUCACAUUCAUAAAGUUUUCAUACCCGAAUGAAAAAUUACUAUUGUUCUAAAUAUUAAAAUCUUACAAAACGAAUAGGGUAAUUAAAUUGAUCUCAUUAAAUAAUUGUUUAUAUUUUUAGUUACAAUUAAAAACUAGUACUUUUCUAUUACAAUUAUAAAUAAAAUUGAUAUAUUUUUUUAAUUAUGU